UGGCGGCGGGGUCCGGCCGUGGGUCGGGGGAGGGGGGGGGAAGGCGCUGUGCUCCCACCCCGUCGCCUCCGCGGAGCCCACGCCUGCCGCCGGAGCAGGGUCCCGGGUGCGGGGCCGGCGGUCGAGCCAGCCCCGCCGGCCUCAGGCAGCGGCCCGCGCUCCCCUGGGCGCCGCUUAUUUCUGCGGAUGUCCCUCCCCCCCCGGCCCCCCCGGCUUUUGGGGGGCCUUGACGGGGUCACCCGCGCCCCCCGGAGAGGGAAGCCGGCCAUAAAAGGGGCUCUUCAGCAUACUUCCCAAAAGUGAAAGCAGAGUCAACUGUCAUGUCUCACUGCCCACAAUAAAGGCUUAUAGAGUGCAGCUUUUCUGGAUACAACUGCUGCACCCUGAAGAAGUACAGUCCACCUCUGUUACAGCGGUUUGUAAGCAAGCCCAACUGUUCCUGAACCAAACAUACUUAAAGACCUCCUGCUGGAUGACCAAUGUGUAUUAUAACCGAUUAUAUUGGAAACUAAGUCUCCAACUUCCCAUUCAUUCCAGCUGGUAGCAACGCUUAUAAUGCAAAAAUAUCACAAUUCAGGAUCACACAAACAUCACUCUUAAAACUUUCUAGAUGAUUGUAGUUGCUUUGGUUGUGUUCUAUGCUAGCAGAAGCCUUUUGCAAGGUUUACUGUUGACUCUAGAGCACCACAUUCCCUGCUUACUGGGAGCCUUGGGGGCUGGCAAUAUGGGAAACUCAUGUGUUUGCCGUGAUGACAGUGGAGCAGAAGACAACAUAGAAUCUCAGAGUCGGCAAACGGAGAACAGUAGAGUACACGUACCUGAAGCAAGAAGCCACCCAAGGGACCCUGUCCGUCCACCCAGGAGGGGUCGAGGGCCUCAUGAACCAAGAAGGAAAAAACAGAAUGUGGAUGGGCUAGUACUUGACACACUGGCUGUAAUUCGGACGUUAGUAGAUAAUGACCAGGAGCCUCCUUAUUCAAUGAUCACGUUGCAUGAAAUGGCAGAAACAGAUGAAGGCUGGUUGGAAGUUGUCCAAUCUUUAAUUAGAGUCAUUCCAUUAGAAGAUCCCCUGGGACCAGCUGUUAUAACACUACUACUUGAUGAGUGUCCACUGCCAACUAAAGAUGCAUUACAAAAGUUAACUGAAAUAUUAAACUUAAGUGGAGCUGCUGCUUGCCAGGAUGCCUGUCACCCUGCCAAACACCGGAAUACAACUGCAGUACUGGGCUGCUUAGCAGAGAAGUUAGCAGGUCCUGCGAGUAUAGGCUUACUCAGCCCAGGCAUAUUGGAAUAUUUACUUCACAGCUUGAACUUCCAGUCCCAUCCGACAGUGAUGCUUUUUGCACUAAUAGCACUGGAAAAGUUUGCACAAACAAGUGAAAAUAAAAUGACAGUUUCUGAAUCGUGCAUUAGCGACCAACUGAUCUUACUAGAGAAAUGGACAGAUAAUCCAGACUAUUUAAAACGCCAGGUUGGAUUCUGUGCCCAGUGGAGUUUAGACAAUCUGUUUUUAAAAGAAGGCAGGCAGUUUACAUAUGAGAAGGUUGACUUGACCAACAUUAGGGCUAUGCUGAACAGUAACGAUGUCAGUGAAUACCUGAAGAUCUCACCACAUGGAUUAGAGGCUCGAUGUGAUGCCUCAUCCUUUGAAAGCGUUAGAUGUACAUUCUGUGUCGAUUCUGGAAUUUGGUACUAUGAAGUUACAGUCAUUACUUCAGGAGUGAUGCAGAUAGGAUGGGCAACCAAAGACAGCAAAUUUCUCAAUCAUGAAGGUUAUGGCAUUGGGGACGAUGAGUACUCCUGUGCAUACGAUGGCUGCCGGCAGCUGAUUUGGUAUAAUGCCAGAAGUAAACCACAUUCCCAUCCCUGUUGGAAAGAAGGAGACACAAUAGGAUUUCUACUAGACUUGCAAGAAAAGCAAAUGAUCUUCUAUUUAAAUGGAAACCAGCUUCCUGCUGAGAAACAAGUAUUUUCAUCUGCUGUGUCUGGCUUUUUUGCUGCAGCUAGUUUCAUGUCCUAUCAACAAUGUGAGUUCAACUUUGGGGCAAAGCCUUUCAAGUACCCACCAUCAAUGAAGUUUAGUACCUUUAAUGAUUAUGCCUUUCUGACAGCAGAAGAGAAAGUCAUUUUGCCCAGACACAGGCGCCUGGCUUUGUUGAAGCAAGUGAGUAUCCGAGAGAACUGCUGCACGCUUUGCUGCGAUGAGGUAGCAGACACAGAACUCAGGCCAUGUGGACACAGUGACCUGUGCAUGGAGUGUGCCUUGCAACUGGAGACCUGCCCUUUGUGUCGACAGGAAAUACAAACCCGAGUCAGACAGAUCUCUCACAUUUCAUGACACACGUGGAGAAAUACCACAGACUUGUUUUUAACGAACUCCAACCAAUACUGAAAGGGGAAAGCAUCUCUAACCAAUCUUUACGCACAUAGAACCAUAGCCACAACCAGAUUUCAUGCUAAACUGUAAUCUGUUUAUCUUUAAAAAGGAAAUCUUUAAUAAGCUAUUCCAAGUUGCCAGCAAUGGGAAUGGGUUUCAACAGUAAGGCAAGCUGGUAGGUCAACAUGCUAUGGCUAUUGGUUCCUCCAAGCAAGAGCGCAGGAGAGCAUCUCUCUUCUUCCCCCUUUCCUUCUUGCCUGUCGCAAGUGCUGAAAAAAUAUGCACUGGAGGUAAAUGUACAAUGUGUUUUAGAACAGAAGAGAAAAGAAAUAUCUCCUAAAACAGGGCCGUUCUGUCUUGUGCUCGAAAGCCUCUAUUUUUGGCAGAAAUCAGUGCUAAAAAGAGGAUGCUGAUGUUUCCCUGUUUAAUGUAGCCUCCUGCUGGUCAGAGACUCUGCAUUUUCUGACAGAUAUUAAACUGCUCAGAGACUGAAUCUGUACGCAGACUCAUUUGAAAAGACAGUGUGGAGACUAUAGAGAAACUCACAUGUUUUAAUAACUUAGUGAUUCCAAAGAAUGUUCUGGUUUGUUUUUAAACGUUAAAAGAUCGGUGGUAUUUUCAAGUAUAUAAUGUUUCUGAUGCUUUUAACUUCAGUACCCACGUUUUUUUGUGAGGAUAUAAUUUUCAGGAGGUAUUCUUAAAUAAUUAUAACGCUGGACUGGAA